AUGACGUUAGCAGCAAUCGCACAAAUGUCCUCUACCGGCGUCAUUGCUGAGAACUUGGCAGUCUCUCUCAAAUUGAUCAAGCAAGCCGCAACAGCAGGAGCAAAGAUGAUCUUCUUGCCCGAAGCAACUGACUUCAUUGCUCCAAGUUCAUCCGUCGGUUCGCUAUUGCAAUCCAAGGAUAUCACUUCAUUCGUAGAGGGUGUUCAAUCCACCGCAAAGUCUUCUUCGAUAUGGGUAAGCGUCGGCGUUCAUGAACCUAUUCCUCAAGACGUAAAACGAUGCUACAACACACAACUCGUAAUAGACAACAAAGGUGAAAUACAAGCUCGGUAUAGAAAGAAUCAUCUUUUCGAUGUGGACAUCAAAGGCGGUAUCACUAUACUCGAAAGCAGUACAACUGUUCCUGGUCAAUCGAUGGAAGAGCCCAUUAACACCCCUCUAGGGAAGACGGGAUUACUCACUUGUUACGAUAUACGUUUCCCAGAAGCCUCACUUCGCCUUCGUAGACAAGGCAGCGAAAUUAUCACGUAUCCUAGCGCAUUUGCGGUCAAGACGGGAGCAGCUCAUUGGGAAGUUCUGUUACGAAGUAGGGCAAUCGAGACUCAAUGCUAUGUGAUGGCUGCUGCACAGGUUGGAACCCAUGCAGGCUCAAGUAGAACCUCUUGGGGUCACGCAAUGGUUGUGGAUCCAUUUGGAACGAUAAUCGCACAAUGCUCUGAUAUGCAACCCUAUCGCCCUACCUUCUGCCUUGCUGAUGUUGAUCUAGAAUGGCUGAAAGAGACUCGUCGUUCUAUGCCCCUUUGGGAUCAACGCAGACACGACAUUUACCCUGAACUGUGA